AUGGCUGAAAGGGCUAUAGUUGGUGAUCUUGGUCUACAUGAAGAGCAAGUCGUUGUGUUCUGUGAUAGUCAGAGCGCUAUUUGUUUAGCCAAGGAUCAGGUCCAUCAUAAGAGGACCAAACAUAUUGAUGUGAGUUUGCCCGACUGGCCAAUCGGUGGAGGCUCCGGCUCCGGCUCCGGCAGGAUCAACCUCAGUCUCGGCGUCAAUGCCGAGGAGGAAGAGGAGGCAGCGGCUGCAGAGGUUGGUGGAGACGGCAGCCGGCAUGCAUACAGCCAAGCCGAGACGUUGGCUCUGUACGACGCUUGGAUCAGCGUCUCGUACGAUCCUGUCGUCGGGAAUCAACAAACCCACAAGUGUUUUUGGCUAAAAGUCACCGAACUUUACAACGCACGAAGGCCGACGAAUACCGUUCCCCGCAACGUGAAGAUGCUUCGCAGUCAUUGGGACCGAACCGACAAAGAUGUCAAAAAAUUUUGCGCGAUAUACAGGGGAGAAGAGGCGAAUUAUCAGAGCGGAGCCAGUGGAGCCGACAUUCUGAGAGCGGCGUUGCGGGUCUUCAAAGACGACGUCGGCAAAGAUUUCAAGCUUGUCGAUGUUUGGUCGCAAGUCCACCACCUUGACAGGUGGGCUGGCGGUGUCGAGUCGGCCUCGGGCUCGAAACGCACGAAGCGCACGGCGUGUGGCCACUACUCGUCUAGUGAUGGCGGCGAAGGCAACACCUCACGUGAGGGCACGCCAACCGAUGAUGUAUGA